AUCAUUUUCAUUACAAUAGGUAAGUUUAAAAGUAAAUUUAUUCUCUUAUGUGUUACUAUCUUGGAUGAAGUUACCAAGGAUAUAUAAUGUUUCUUACUUUUAAAUCGUAACGCGCGCUGUCUGUAACGUAAGUAUAAAGAGAGAUAUUAGUUGAUUUACAUGUUGACUCGAGAAUGCUUAAUAAUUAUGAAACAGUUUUCACUUUUGCCUAAUGUUAAUUUGAAUAAGAAACGUUUCCACAUUAGAAUAAGUUUCCACGUAGAAUAAAAGAUCGCUUAUGCAAAACUUACACAAGAUAACACAUACUGUACAUCUUGUCCGCACUUACUAUAUAUGUAUAUCCGUUGCACUGUUUGGAUAGUCAAAUCACAAAUUUAUAGAUAUCGAGUUUUGAUAAUGGACGUAUACACUUGUUGUCAAUAAAGUAUUUUAUCACAAAACUAGUUCGUGCUGUAUCAUAAAAGACAUAUCUUCGAUGACUCAUGUUCUCCUACGUAAUACGAAUGUGAAUUCUUUCUGAGUCAAAGAGCUUUAGCAAGUAGUAAGGUAUUCCAAGAUCUGCAUUUGGAUUGCUUAGUACUUUAUUAGUGACAAUUGUAACCGAUGUAUAUUAUCUCGGUAGUACAUAAGACCGAAGAAUCUGUGUUACCCUUAAAAACGAAAGGUAUCGCACGAGUGUACACAACGGAAUAAAGUAUAAAACUGUCACGAUGAGAAAGGACAACUGCGCUUGCGUGAACUUUGAUGAAGAAGUGUGGUGUAAGCCUUCUUUUUACGGGAAAUAAGCAUCGCAGGUGACUCUCCCUCGACGUCUUCUCUAUCGAUCGCUUAAUCACUCGUACUUUUUUCCAUGCAAAACGUGCGUUUCCAUCAAACUGCGAGUGUCCGAAUCUCAUGAUGGCAAUUUGUCUACCACCUCAUGUUAAAUUUAUGCAAAAUUAAGCAAUUUUGAAUUUACGCUGAAGAAGAAAAAUUAUGUAAUAUUCUGAAUAUUUGAGAGAGUGGGAUAUGCGAAUCUUCUUCAGUACGUUUUUGCAGUCAAACGCGUACUGUUUCUCGUAGAGUGAUGAUUUGCAUCAAUACCUAUUUUAGAUUCAAUCGGAUUCUUCUGCUCUCGAUUGGCUUGUGGCCUUAUAAACGAACAAAACUCGUUGAAUUUCAGGCAAUUUUGAUUUUGGCUUUUCUGAUUUUCUGUAUUACAUACCUGUUUGCAACAUUUGCAUUUACAAAAUGCACUCCAGCGCUUGUCAUUAAUGUUCUUUCUAUCGCCUUACUUGGUAUUAUAUACGCGUUCUCAUAUCAUUCUUUUUAUGUUAAUGUUCAUACUAUAAGGUGGUUAAUGUAUAAACUUCAGCAUAUUUAUAACGAUCUAAAAGAUGAGAAUGAGAUCGCUAUUGUAACAAAAUAUGGAAACAUCGCAAAACGUUUCACGGCUAUAAUGAUGUUGUUUGAAGUUUGCUGUGUAAUUACUAUCCUGUUAUUGACGUUUUUACUGCAAUUUCUUGAUACUACCUUGCUCGUAGACAAGUCUGAAUCACGUUACGUUAUGCAGAAAGUUAUACCUAAGUACUUCAUUGGGCGCGAAAGCUUUCUAUAUUUAAUAAUUCCGAGUUUAUUCGCAUCUGCUUCUAUAGGAGGUACUGCUGUAGUAGCAACAGGAAUGAUGUUUGUGACAUACCUCAAACAUACCUGUGGAAUGUUUAGAAUAGCCAGUUACCGCAUUGAAAAGGCAAUGAUGAUAAAAAUGCUGAAGAAUGUUAACUUGGAAAAUGAGAUUAUAAUUUAUAAGGAAAUUGUACAUGCUGUUGAUAUUCAUCGCAAAGCUGUCCAUUUCGCUAUGCUUGUGUAUUCCACCUUUAAAGGAUUACUAUGUACAGUAACAGUAGUUGGAGUAAUUUGUUUGAGCUGCAAUCUUUAUAGAUUAUCUGAAACUAUGUCACGUGACGGCGAGAUCGAGCAAUGUUAUAUGCAUCUUCUAAUUACCAUUACAAUUUUUAUAAUCUUGUUUAUAUCCAAUUCUGCCGGACAAGAAGUUACCGAUUACAAUAAUCACGUAUUUCUUACCGCAUACAAAGUUCAGUGGUACGUAGCACCUUUGCACAUACAAAGGUUGAUACUAUUUAUCUUGCAAAAUGGCAGCAAAACUUUUCGUCCGUCUAUUAUCGGACUUUUUUCAUUUUCCAUCGAAAUAUUUGCCUCGGUAAAAAAUAAUUAUAUAUAUUGUAUGUUACGUUUAACAUAUUGUACAUAUUCGACAUUCGGCACAAAUAGUAUCGUACAAGACAUUCUUUUCGAGUUCACAUUAUAUUCCAGUUAACGAAGGCAUCGUUAUCCUACUUCACCGUUAUAUAUUCCAUGCAACAGUGAAAGUAUAUGUAUCAUCUGACAGCGUUUUACAAUUUGCAAUGUAAUAGGUAAGGUUUAAACAAGUAAAUAUAUACGUGAAAUAUAGUUGGUUUAAUACAUCGAGGAAAUUUAUUAAUACGAUUUAGUGUGAUCUGCGCGAGAAUAUUUAAAUCUUUUAGGUGUCGCUAGUGAACAGUUCGAUGAUUUGCAGUUUACAAUAUUCCGUAUUUUAUUAACUAUUUAACUAAUGUAUUGUUAACCCUAUAGGUAAAGUUCUUGAUGGAACAACUUCAGCAUAUUUUUAACACGUUAAAAGAUGAGAACGAAAUCCCUAUCAUAAAGGAAUACGGAAAUAAUGCUAAGCAUUUUACGGCUGUUAUAACCUGUAACAUAUUUAAUAUAUGUUUUUGUAGGGGCGAGAUAAAUAGAUUAUCUAGUAAAUGAUAGAUAAUAAAUAGAGAAUCCAAUAAAAGUUUAAUUAUACUAAC